CAAUGGCACGGCCCCACCCCAAGGCCCAUGGCCCCAAGACUCAUGGUCCCAUGGCAGACCAGCCCAGUGAGGUGCAGAUCGCCCGCCAGGCCGCCGCCGUCGACCGGGACGCCCCCGCGCCUGAUAGAGUCGGCCACGACAACGCUCGCCGCAGGAGCCGCCCUGCCCUCCCGUCGCGCACCCCGCAAGUAGGAACACCCCGUCGGAACACCCCGUCGGAACACCCCGUCGGAACACCCCGCGUGAACGACGCGGCUGAGAGCGCCCCGGUGAGGAAUAAGCACUUGCUCUCCACGACCAGGACCAGGACCAGCGACGCAGCGAGCGGCCCAACGACCCGCGCGCAGGCUUGCCGAUCCCGCUGACGCUGAGGGGAGUACCCGGACCCCGACCAGGAUGACGACGCGGGAGCAGAUGCCCAUGGUAGGGCUGGAGAGCGGGCCGCAGCUGCAGAAGGGCGCGCUCAGGCCGCCCCGCCAGGAGGGCGCCAAGGGUAUGCAGUACCUGGCCGGCUUCCUGGCCACCCUCGGCGCGCUGGCGGCGGGCACCGUGCUGGCCUGGACCGCGCCCGUGCUGGCCAAGCUGCAGGCCCCGGACUCGUGGCUGCCGCUCGGCGAGAGCGAGGGCUCGUGGGUGGCCUCGCUCAUGACCAUCGGCGCGUGCGUCGGGGCGGUGCCGGCGGGCGCCAUCACGGAGCGCUUCGGCAGGAAGGGCACCAUGCUCCUGCUGGCGGUGCCCUUCACCAUCAGGUGAGGGUUGG